AUGAGACAGAUCUGUGUCUGCCUGCUCACUUCUCUCAUUCCUCACCCCUGGGUCCCCCAGGAACCCUGCAAGUCCUUUGGUGCUGUGAACGGGACCCUGUGCCUCACCCAUGCUAGGCCAGCGCUGGGCCACACCCCCAUCACCCAGCGUCUUUAUGAUGCGGCACUAUGGAACAAGCUCAGGGCCACGGGCCCCCCACCACAUCACCAGAAGCUGUGCGACCACAGCGCCUUCGGGAGGCCCGGCGUCCGCGGCGCCCCUCGCUGCCCGCGGAUCCGCCGAGCGCGGGCGAGCUCUGCACCCCGCGGGAAGCGGGGCGCCUCCUACUCCCGGCCGCCGCCGCCGCCGCCGCCGCCGUUGGGACUCGCUGCGCGCAGGCGGUUUAGUAGCGCAGGCGCCUACGCCAACGUCCCGCUCACCGCGCCCCUGCCCGGGGUACCCAGGCCGAUUUUCGCUACAGUCGACGGACAGGAAAAGUUCGAAACCAGAGUCACCACGCUGGAUAAUGGGCUCCGCGUAGCGUCUCAGAAUAAGUUUGGCCAGUUUUGUACAGUGGGAAUUCUUAUUAACUCAGGAUCAAGAUACGAAGCAAAGUAUAUUAAUGGGAUUGCUCACUUUUUGGAGAAAUUGGCAUUUUCGUCGACUGCCCGGUUUGACAGCAAAGAUGAGAUUCUGCUCACCUUGGAGAAGCAUGGGGGCAUCUGUGACUGCCAGACCUCCAGAGACACCACCAUGUAUGCCGUGUCUGCCGACAGCAGAGGUCUGGACACCGUCGUGGGCUUGCUGGCCGACGUGGUCCUACAGCCCUGCCUGACAGACGAGGAGCUGGAAAUGACCCGGAUGGCUGUUCAGUUUGAGCUGGAGGACCUGAACAUGCGGCCUGACCCCGAGCCCCUCCUCACUGAGAUGAUCCAUGAGGCUGCUUACAGGGGGAACACUGUGGGCCUCCGUCGGUUCUGCCCCGCGGAGAACAUCGCCAGGAUCAACCGGGAGGUGCUGCAUGCCUACCUGAGAAGCUACUACACGCCGGGGCGCAUGGUGCUGGCCGGCGUGGGCGUGGAGCACGAGCACCUGGUGGCGUGCGCGGCCAGACACCUCCUGGGGGUGACGCCAGCCUGGGGGGCUACAGGCGCCACAGCCGUGGACAGAUCAGUGGCACAGUACACUGGCGGGAUUGUCAAGCUGGAGAGGGACAUGUCCAGUGUCAGCCCCGGCCCGACCCCAAUCCCCGAGCUUGCCCACAUCAUGGUGGGCCUGGAGAGCUGCUCCUUCCUGGACGACGACUUCAUCCCUUUCGCGGUGCUGAACAUGAUGAUGGGUGGCGGCGGCUCCUUCUCAGCUGGCGGCCCCGGCAAGGGCAUGUUCUCUAGGCUCUACCUCAACGUGCUCAAUAGGUACCACUGGAUGUACAACGCCACCUCCUACCACCACAGCUACGAGGACACUGGCCUCCUGUGUAUUCACGCUAGUGCCGACCCCAGACAGGUUCGAGACAUGGUGGAAAUCAUCACAAGGGAGUUUAUCCUGAUGGGCGGAACUGUCGACACGGUGGAGCUGGAGCGGGCCAAGACGCAGCUGAUGUCCAUGCUCAUGAUGAACCUGGAGUCCAGACCGGUGAUCUUCGAGGAUGUGGGCAGGCAGGUGCUGGCCACGCACUCCCGCAAGCUGCCGCACGAGCUCUGUGCGCUCAUCCGUGAGGUGAAGCCGGAGGACAUCAAGCGGGUGGCUGCAAAGAUGCUUCGAGGGAAGCCUGCUGUGGCGGCCCUGGGCGACCUGAGCAGCCUGCCCAGCUACGAGCACAUCCAGGCCGCACUGUCGAGCCGGGAUGGACGCCUGCCCAGGAUGUACCGGCUCUUCCGGUAGGGUCCCUGGAGACCCAGAUAGACAGCAGCGUGCACACGCGUGGAGUGACGUGGAGGUGCCUGGCUGGUGGCACACGGGGCGCUCAGACCCGGGCGCAGAGUUGGUGUGACUGUUGGAGCCUGAACCUCUCGUCCCUCCUGAAGGGAGCUUCCAGGCAGGGUGACUGACCCUUCUGGGCUGGGAAGCAGGGCCACUCAAGAGUGGGUGGCCACUCUGGGACUCAUGCCAAGGCCACCCCACC